AGCAGAGCAAACAGUCUCCAAACAAGGACCAUUCAUUUUUCUUCAAGAAAAUAACUUCUUGGGCCAGCCGUGGCAAUAAUUAAGAGAGGACGACAGCUAAUAAUGGAGACAGAAAGAGAGGAGUCCCCAUUCUCUAUAUUAGGGCUCAAAGCCUCCAAACCAACAGUGUUUGACGAAGUAAGGACCCUUUGAAUCUGAAUCUAUAAGGACAGAACGAUCACUCUUCUCUUCUUCCACAAAACCGAGGGCGUAUCUUCUGCUUCGAGAUUGGCUUUUUUUCCCCCUCUUGCUUUCUUUGGAGAAGAAGCAUCUGCAGAUAUUAAGAACUAGUCUCUCGCCAUGGAAGCAUUAGCAUCUUCGUUAUAUUGCGAUAUGGACUUACAGGGAAUGGAUCACAGCCUGUUUGAUCAGUGGGAGCUGACUGCACUCGACCACGAGUUCAAUGCAGCGCAGCAUCUAGAAUCGAGGCCCCAAAAGACGGCCAAAACUAGGAGCUGGAGUUCUUCCACCUCCACCGCCACCACCACCACCAAGUUCAACUCUGCUCCGCUGCCGGAUGCAGCAGCGUCAGGCCCGAUGAUUCUAUCGUUCGCCAGCCCGGAUUUGACUUUCUACGGCGAUCUUGCUCCUGAACUUAAAGAAGAGAUGGAGGUGUUGGUUGCGACGGGCGACUUGAAGAGGAGCUUCGACACCAUGCUUGGACAAGGACCCAAGAGGGGCAGAACGGCCUCACAUAAUCAGGAGCAUAUCUUGGCUGAGAGGAAGCGAAGGGAGAAACUCAGCCAGCGUUUUGUCGCGCUCUCUGCGAUUGUUCCAGGCUUAAAGAAGAUGGACAAAGCCUCUGUUCUUGGGGAUGCCAUCAAGUACCUGAAGCAGCUCCAGGAGAAGGUGCAGUCUCUGGAAGAUCAAAUCGCAAAAAGGAGCAUUGAGUCUGCAGUUUUGGUGAAGAAGUCUCAUCUUUGUAAUUACGGCGACAGCUCGUCAGGGAACGAGAAUUCCAACGAGAGCCAUGAUGAAUCUCUUCCGCAGAUCGAAGCCAGGGUUUGUGCGAAAUCCAUUUUGAUCAAGAUUCACUGCGAAAACCACAAGGGAGCACUGGUGAGAGCCAUUUCGGAGAUUGAGAAGCUUCAUCUCUCUGUAACCACCACCAGCGUCAUGGCUUUCACUAGAGCUUCUCUCGACAUCACUGUAAUGGCUCAGAUGGAUGAGGAAUUUUCCAUGACAGUCAAGGAUUUGGUGAAGCAAUUGAGCUCAGCUUGCAGGCAACUCAAGUGAUUGAAGAAGAAUGUUCAUUACCUUUUUAACUAGGCGACUGUUAUCUUCCAAUCAAAUCAUUCGCCACCAUUUAUCCUCCCUAGUUUUUGCUGGAUGAUCUUUUUUUAUCCUCUCUACUUUUUGCAUGGUUAAGCUACUUAAUCAUGUUCUAGAGGAGAAGAAUGCAAUUUCCUAUCUGCCUUUCUUUGCUACUGUUUUUUAGGACCUCCAUUGGGGGUGGGGAGUUGACAUGUGAAACUCUUUUCUUAACUUCGCCUUCCUUCAA